UUGGAGUUUUGUCCUUCUUCGCUUCCCUUACUGCCUCACUCGCUCAUUCGCUCAGUCGCUCGGUGAAAAAGUUUUGUUAGAGUGUUACAGCCGCGUCAUGCAGCAUGAAAACGACCUGUUCUGAGAAGGGAUCUUGGGCUAAAUACCGGACACCUUUUGUUGAGGCAACACAUGACGUGCGCCGAAGCUUUUCCCUCCGUUUACUUCAAGUCCCCAGUGAUACACUCAUCACAUGCCUCCGUGUCCUACAAAUGAGCUGUGAUUGAGAUGACAGAGGCAGAUGUCAGUGGAUUUGUCAUGGACGUGCCGUCCCCGCGGGCCGGCAGGUACCCGUUGGAGAGAGACGUGCCUGUAAUUCGCCUCAAGAAUGAUGCCGAACUCAGGGAAAUAUAUGAAUUUGGAAAGAAAUUAGGUCAAGGUAGCUUUGGAGUUGUUUAUGAGACCACCCACAUCGAGACACAGACAAACUGGGCCAUUAAAAAGGCCUGCAGACCAGCGGCAGGAAGUUCAAAAGUCAAGAUGCUGGAGCAGGAGAUAAACAUUCUCAAACAAGUGACUCACGCUCACAUCGUACAUCUCAAAGAAGUCUACGCAACACCAAGGAUGAUGUAUUUGGUUACAGAGCUGUGCACUGGGGGUGAUCUGAAGCAGCUGCUGAGGCGGAAAAAGUUCCUCACUGAGGACGAGACGAGACAUAUCAUCCGCGCGCUGGCUGACGCCAUCGUCUACCUUCACAAAAGAGACAUUGUGCACCGAGACCUGAAACUUGAAAACAUUCUGGUGAAAAAUCCUCCAGAUGAAGGCGAUAAUGACAGGAUUAAUAUCAAGGUGGCCGACUUUGGAUUAUCGGUGCAGACAGGUGGUGUGGGGAUUGAGAACAUAAUGACAGAGGCCUGUGGAACUCUGAUCUAUAUGGCGCCUGAAAUGAUGAGCGACCGCGGUUAUACGCAGUGGUGCGACGCGUGGAGCAUAGGAGUCAUCAUGUACAUGCUACUGUGUGGGGAUCCGCCGUUUGUGUCGCAAACAAAGUCACUCUUACUUGAGGAGAUAACGAACAGAGAAGUCACGUUUCCUCAGUCCUCGUGGGCCACAGUCAGUGACGCAGCGAAGAAUCUGUUGACUUGCCUCCUGAAGGUGGACCCCGCCUACCGCAUGUCUCCGAAUCAGCUCCUCGAAAACCCGUGGAUUACAGGUGACGCCAACGUGCCUGCCGUACCAUCCAACGUGCUGAUCAUGAUGCGAAACUACCGGGAAGAGGAGGAAAGAACACAGAUCCUGGAGAACCUGUCUCUCACCUCUUCUGAGGACACCGUGGAUCCAAAGCCACUCUGCAGGAGUCCCGCUAAGCUCAGCCCGGAGAGCGACAGCAGCUUCUACCCACACACCACAUCCACGGAGCAGACUAAAUACAGCAGAGAAACCUGCCAGCUGGACAAGUGCACAAAUGGCUCCGAACCCUGGAGACCACGUCAACCCACUGCCACACAGCAGCCCGGUGCCGCGGUGAAACACAGCGUGCAGCCCGGUGCAAAGCAGCAGUGCCGGCCUCGGCACAACAAGGACCCCAGUCCAGGACUCAAGAACCAGAAAGCGGCUUCUUACAGCCACAGACCUUCUACCUCGAGUAAAAGUAGGACGGGGCCCCGCAAAACACAAGUCACCUUUCAGUGCUAAUACCCAUGCAGAGUUAAAAUGAACUUUACAAAUGCAAUUUAAUUAAUGAAUUGAUUGAUUGAGACUUUAUUCGAUAAGCGUGCUAUUUAAUGUCAUUCUGCUUGUUUUUUUAAUGUCAUUGUGUCAUGUUUUGGUGACGGGAAUGGAACUACAGUACUGUGAACGUACGCGCACAAGACAGCGAGCGUCCAGAGCCUCUGGAAAACUCUCUGGAAAAUGCCAAGCGGCCAAAACGUACACUCGCACCAUUUGAGUGGCUUUGCAAUCGCGGAUAUAACUGACAAAGGGUUUUACGAUGAGUCACCAGGGAGAUUAGAAACACACUUACAACUAGCGUCUUAUUAAUUGUGUCGUAUUAUUAUUUUUGAUUCACUGUGAACCUAAUUGUCACCUAACAAUAACCAAAUAAGAAAAGGGGAUGUGAGUUUAUGACAGUGAGAAUUGGUUAGUGGUCAUCAGGGAUGUUUAUUUUCAACACCCACACACUCAAAGUAGAGUUAAUAAAUAUUUGUCCGUAUGAAGGAAUACAGGAAUGUGCCAAAUAUCACAACAGACCUUUUUGCACAUUUAUAUAAAAUGAAAAUGACAAAAAAACAACGGCUUUACGAUGACAUGUUAGUGAGAAGGCGGCAGGUGAUUAUACAGGAUGUCACGGCGCGACGUGAAAGCAAACAAUAGGGAUUUUUUUCUUUCUCUCCGCUCUGACCUCUCAAUUCCAAAAAACGACCAUAUACGCAGUGACUGCAUCCUCUCUGUGUCAAAACAGCAAAAGUGUCACGCGGGCUGGUUACGCUCCAUGUGAAUGCAGAGGAUUGGGACCGGGGGCAGCCGCGGGUCUAAUCUCGCACGGAGGCCGUUGAAAGCAGUGGGAGCUACUUUGAGGGCACUGCCAUUCAAACGCAGAAUAAUCCUCCCAGCAUAGAUACAACAUGAAAGUAGCCAAGCGUAACACACAGAGGCUGAAUUUCAAAUUCGCCCAUUUGCAUCUUGAAGUGAACGAGUGCCAACCGCGGGAGCCUCGCGUUCAGACACGAGGCUCUGUUUUUAGUGUGAAUGUGCAGAUUCCUGCGUUUUCGCGGACGUGCAUGUUUUCAUACAGAUGUGUUAUUAGAAUGAACACAUGAGUUGUGACUGCGUGCCAAAAGAGAAAAAAAACCCCCAGAAAACUGCAAUGUUUUGACAUGAACUGUUACUACAGGCCGCUGUCAACAGCAGAUGGAGCUGUAGGAAGUCACUGAAUUCAUUUCCUGUGCUUAGUCUGACAGGAGAGUGCCACCAUUGAAGCUUCCUAUACCUUGACGUGUGCACGGAGACGUUUAAUUAGAAUUGAUGGCUUAAACUGUGAUGUCCAUGUAGUCUGUCGCUAAUUAUUAUGUGGUUAACGUCUUGGUGGAUUAUUCAAACAAAAAUAAAUGGUGGAGAUAAUCA